UGCUGGAGGGUGGAGUGUGUUCGUCGAAAAAGAGAUGAAAAGGCCUGCGCCUUUAAGAGGGCUGUCUCCCCUUUUCCCUCAUGCUCCCCCUCAACCACACGGACACUCCUCCUGUGAGCAUUUGUGAGGCAGCCUCCUGUCCCUUAUGUCUCUUUGUGGGGAACAGAACAGACUUUCCAGAGCACCACUGAAGACAAGACUGAGCUCAAGGGAGGACACCCCGGGGGCGGACCUCCGUGCAACCCUGGCACCAACUACUGUGGAGGCUGAGAGGAGCAGAGGCGGAGGAGACUCAGACCUACUCCAUCUGGAGUAAGAACGCCAAAAGAGAUCCAAAACAGGAGGUGGAACUUAUCAGCUGAACAAGCCAAGAGGUCAGUUUUGAGUCAAAGGGGACGUUUUCAGCAGAUCAACGGUCAACAGCGACGGACUGGAUGUCAAAAAGAAAAGGUGGAGUCUUCAUUUGAGCUUUUAGAAUUUCUUCAGAAAAGUUUUGUCAAAGAAGAAUCCGCAAAGAACUCCAUAUUGUUUACGGCUAUUAAGGAAAAAAGUACUGAGUGAAAUACAAACGGCAGAAGGAAGGACAUUUAUAAUUAAUAAUUUCAAUAUUUUUUACCCAUCACCGGAGCACUUUGAAAAUAUUUGUGUCAUUUGUGGUAUGAAAUUGAGAUGCUCUUCAUAACAUAUCUUGAGCGGUCCAGACAACGCUUUUAAUUCACCAACCAGACGUUUAUCUUAUUUCUCCAGCUCCUCCUGGGAGGAACCAUUAAAGACUUUGUUGAUAGCGCUCUUGGGGAACGGGUGAUAUUUCUUAUGUGAAGUCUGGAAACUUUAGAGCUGUUGACUGGGAGGGAGAGAAAAGUGCCACAUGAAUAAGAAAAUGAUGUUGAGCAGCGUCGCAUCCGGCAGAAGUGCAUGUCUGGACUAACGUCGCGGUGGCGCAUUGAAGAGGGAACGAAAUGUUCCCAGGGUGCGGAGUGGUGAGCAGCCAGAACCAGUACCUGACCAGAGACCCAGUCAGGUCCCAUCCCGGACUGGCGGUGAACACACCUGUCCCGAUGGAAAAUGGGCUGAGCCAGGGGACGUGCCCCGUCUACCGCCCCGUCUACCACGACCAAACUCACAGCGCCGCCUGCCAGCCGACGGCGCCCAACGGCGUUUCCUUCCCGCUGAAGCAGACGCCGCCGCCGGCCCCGCCCCCCGCCCUCAAGCUGGGGCAGGAGGGGUUUAAGAAAGUCUGCCGAACCGAGGAGGACAGCCCCUGUCCCUUUCCAGGGCUGGCCUCUGGGGUGCUGGAGAUGCGCGUGAAGGAGGGCAGUAAGAUCCGCAACUUGAUGGGAUUCGCCAUGGCGCGGAUGCAGACGGAGGCGGCCGCCUGUGAGGGAGGUGCGAGCGUCUGCGUUGGCGGCGUUGGAGGCGGCCUCCGGCAGGUGGUCUUCACGGGGUCGGGCCGCGCGGUCACGAAGACCAUCACCUGUGCCGAGAUCAUGAAACGAAAAGUGGGCUCCCUGCACCAGCUGACCAAACUGCGCUACAAGGUGGUGAAGGAGGUGUGGGAGAGCAGCGAAGGGGGGGCGUCCGAGAUGACGGUGGUGCACCGGACUGUGCCCUCCGUCAGCAUCCUUCUCUCCAAAGACCCCCUGGAUCCCCGGGAGCCGGGCUAUCAGCCGCCCGAGACUCUCAGUGCAUUGUGGGACGAGAAGGAGGGGAUGGGAGCGGCGUGCAAGAGACCCCCCGGACCUUUGCCGCGCGGCGGUCUCCCUCGCUGUAAGAGAGCGCGCCUGGGGGAAGGCGUGUCCGUGCACCCUCCUCUCUGACUGGCCCGGAACCGGCGGGCGAGCGGCGGGGAGGGGAUGGAAUCAGGAGGGCUCGUGUGACGCUGCCCUCCGCCUCGAGCACAACGCUGAGACAAUCAGAAACACUCACCCGGACACAACAAUGCUUUCUCAGAAGGGCCGAGUCCCACUCUCAGCCUCCAGAGGUCCGCUCGACCGGGACCUGGAAAGCCUGCCUCUGUACAUACAGCAUUUAGGAGACGCGUUCCUUGGGAACCAUCCACAUGAUUGCGAUGUGUGCCGGAAAAUCUUUUAACUGAUUCACAUCCCAUUUGACACUAAAGAAAAGCCAUGAAUUGCAGAGGUUCCGUGUUGCCGCUCGCAGUAAAGUAUCUACGGCCUGUGGAUGAAAUUGAUUAUUAGCGUCAUGUUGCAAUCAUUUAUUUUCCUCUUUUCUCUCCAAGUGUAGCCUCUCAAAAUGCACAAGGUAGACCCGAGACUAUAGAAUAAAAACAGUUGAAAGCCAUUGAUGUAUGAAAAAUGCAAUACGUAACAAUUUAAUUUGUCGGAUUAUUAACUCAUGAAAACAAAAUUAAAUAAAUCGGGCGGUUUUUCCAAUGGAAA